AACACAGUUUCUCGCUAUCCUCCUUCAGCGCUCGUAAAAAGGGGCAGGACCGCAGUAAAAGGGGAAAAGGAAAAGGAGGAAAAAAAUCGACAGGAUGAACAACAGUUUCCUAAGCAUGGCGUCGAUAGUAGAUUUCGACCCGCUCAACCCUUCUGUUCCUGCAACCAAAGUUGAAAUCACGGUGUCCUGCAGAAACCUGCUGGAUAGGGACACCUUCUCCAAAUCAGACCCAAUAUGUGUUCUCUACACACAAGCCAUGGGCAACAGGGAGUGGAGAGAGUUUGGCAGAACAGAGGUGAUUGACAACACGCUAAACCCAGACUUUGUUCGGAAAUUCAUUUUGGACUACUUCUUUGAAGAGCGACAGAACCUCCGGUUUGACCUGUAUGAUGUCGAUUCGAAGAGUGCCAACCUGUCGAAACACGACUUUCUCGGCCAAGCCCACUGUACUCUGGGAGAGGUAGUCGGAUCGUUGGGCAGUCGCUUGGAAAAACCUCUUGGAGGCAUUCCAGGGAAGAAAUGCGGGACCAUUAUUGUGAAAGCUGAGGAGCUGAACAACUGCAGGGAAUCAGUGAUGAUGCAGUUCUGUGGAAACAAGUUGGACAAAAAGGAUUUCUUUGGCAAAUCCGACCCCUUCCUGGUCUUCUACAGGAGCAACGAGGACGGCACGUUUACCAUCUGCCAUAAGACAGAGGUGGUGAAGAAUACACUGAACCCCGUUUGGCAGGCUUUUAAAAUCCCCGUUCGUGCUCUUUGCAACGGUGAUUAUGACAGAACAAUCAAGAUCGAGGUGUACGACUGGGACAGAGACGGCAGUCAUGACUUUAUUGGAGAAUUUAGCACCAGCUACAGAGAACUGUCCAGAGGACAGAGCCAGUUCAACGUCUAUGAGGUGGUAAAUCCAAAGAAGAAAGGAAAGAAGAAAAAAUACCUCAACUCUGGAACAGUAACCCUCCUGUCAUUCCUGGUGGACACUGAAGUCACCUUCCUGGACUACAUCAAAGGAGGGACCCAGAUUAACUUCACCGUGGCCAUCGACUUCACAGCUUCCAAUGGUAACCCAGCCCAGCCCACCUCACUCCACUACAUGAGCCCCUACCAGUUGAAUGCCUACGCCAUGGCUCUGAAGGCAGUCGGAGAGAUAAUUCAGGACUACGACAGUGAUAAGAUGUUCCCCGCACUUGGCUUUGGAGCCAAACUGCCACCUGAUGGACGGGUGUCCCAUGAGUUUGCUCUGAACGGGAACCCUCAGAACCCAUAUUGUGCAGGGAUUGAUGGUGUAAUGGAAGCCUACUACCAGAGUCUUAAGUCGGUUCAGCUUUAUGGCCCCACUAACUUCUCUCCUGUUAUCAACCAUGUGGCCAGAUACGCAGCAUCUGUGAAGGAUGGCUCUCAGUACUUUGUGCUCCUCAUCAUCACAGACGGGGUCAUCUCAGACAUGGCCCAGACCAAGGAAUCUAUUGUCAAUGCCUCCUGCCUGCCGAUGUCAAUUAUCAUUGUGGGAGUAGGGCCUGCAGAAUUUGAUGCCAUGGUUGAAUUAGACGGUGAUGAAGUCAGAAUCUCUUCUAGAGGAAGAUACGCCGAGAGGGACAUCGUUCAGUUUGUCCCGUUCAGGGACUACAUCGAUCGUACGGGGAACCACAUCCUAAGCAUGGCCCGGCUCGCCAAAGAUGUCUUGGCUGAGAUUCCAGACCAGUUCCUCUCCUACAUGCGGACCCGUGGGAUAAAGCCUUCACCGGCGCCGCCUCCAUACACACCACCUGGGCAACCCAUCCAAACCCAGAUCUGAGGAGCAAGGCUGGAAAAGGUUUUGGAGUCAGGGGUUCGCUGAACUUGUCACGCGAAAUACUUCCAUUUCCUUAAAGCCGCUCUCCAUGCCUUGUGGUUGUGGAUCACAGUGGUCUUUCUUGUGUUCAGAAAGCUGCAUGCCGGGCCAGGAGAGUGAUGCUUUUGAGGGCAGGAAAAGAAAAUGAGAGUCUGUUUACUUCCACUGUCAAGCAUUCCUGUUAUUGUCUGGAUUUUUUUUUUUUUUACCUGCUUAUUUUAUGCUUGGAAAGAUUUUGAAGAAAGUUCAGAGAGUCUCAAUUCAAAUUGUGGCAGAAAUAAGAAAGAAAUGAAGGAAAGCAGUAUAAAACGGCUGAUCUUACUUUUUAAAGAGAAUGUCUCCAGACAAAUGAAAGAGUUACUUGAUCUUAAAUGAGCAGUAAUUUCACUUGUAAAUAACUGGACAUAUACAACUUCUUCUUUCUUUCUCUUUCUCUCCAAAUCACUCAUUGUUUACAGUAAAUGCUAACGAGGAUUUUUACUGUUGAUACUUUUAUAUAGUUUCAAUAUGAAGCUUGUAAUACUCUCUUUCUUUCUUUCUCUCUCCUGGCAUCCAUGCCAGGUAGCAGCAGUGCAGGUCCUGGUAGCCCUUCUGUACCGUACUGUACUGUGCUGUACUGUACCGUACUGUAUUCUAGUGUUUGUAUUAAACUUUUGCAUGAGUGUAGCCUCAGUCAACUGCAUGCAUAUAGUGGCCCUGCACUACCUCUUUUAUCCAUCUGUCUGUCUGUGGGGGAUGAGUGUCUGUCUGCCAGUAUCUUCAUUCGUCUAUCUUCUUCAACCUUAUCUGUCCAUCUCUCUCAAUCCUUUCUUUUCUACAUUUGUCACUUUUAGCUGUCUUUCCAUCCAGCCUUUUUUAGCUAGUUUAAUUGAAAAAACAGAAUUUUAUGCUAAUCAGAAAUAAGAAGGAUUUUAUUUAGUUAUUUAUUUUUUUUAUUUUUUUGUUCAAGUAAUAUAAUGACCUUCAUACAGGAUUUAACUUGACUGGAAAUUAUUUAAAAAACCUAGACUCUCUGUUCAUCCUAAAGAAAUGUACGCUAAAUACUCAAGGAACAGCACAGUUGGUUAGCUAACACGCAUCUUUGAUAAAGAUUGAAAACUCCCAUGUUAACGUGUAACGUUGUUAUACAUUUAAAGUCACAAAAAAAAGAAAAAGUAUCAUUAAAAACAAAUUAUAUUUACCACCAAUUAGUGACUGUUAAUAUGCUUACACGCCAAGGCGGUGAGUAUCUCAAAUAGCUUAAUUGCUAGCCAUUAGCAUGCUAGCAUUAUCAUUGUGAACAUGCUAGCAGCCUUAAUGUUAGCAUUUUAAAAGAAUGAUGCUGUUAGCAUGACUGUGAAGUCAACAAAAAAUUAAAAUGUGGCUAAUAUUAGCUACAUAUUAGGUUUUUACAUAUUUUGACCCUAUUAUUUUUUACUUAUCAAUCCCCCAUCCAAGCUCAAUGAAGAUCCUUUUGGCUGUUUAUGUAGCACUACUUGAGAGUUGAAUGGAAACAUGGCUACCCUGUCUCUCUGUGUCUGUCUUUCCGCUACAAACUGCCUUGGCAGCAGGAUGCGCACGUGCCCAGGGGUUUUGUCUCAUCGUGUUGUCACAUAUUCCUGCCCAAUGUGUAAAACAAUAGCAGCUGCUCUCAAACAAAAUACUGUUUGAGCAAAAAGAGCCCAGUGGUCAAAAAUGCAGAGAAAAACACAUUUUCCCUAUAUUUUUUCUUUGCGUGGGUGUAGUGUGUUUGUACUUGAGUGCAUUUUUAUUACACCUUUAGCUUUGAUACAGCUUUGUUUUUACGAUGUGUAUUUAUAUGUGCUAAUCAUAUGAACGAGGAUGACGCAUGCAAGUUGUAUUCACCGUUUCGACAAGUUUCCAAUUUAAAGUCUUCUAUUUUUGUCACAAGUGUGUGUGAAUGCGGAGAUUUGGAUUGAGAUAUGGAUGUCGAUUGAAAUAACCUUUUAAAACAACAGUAGAUACAAUAUUUAAAUUAAGUGGGAAUGCAACAUUUUAAUAUUCAUGUGCUAUCUCCAUCUCCUUGUAAAAAGGAGUAACCAUGAAAGCAACACUAAAAAAUAAAUAAAUAAAAAAUUGUAACUGGAAUUUUUUACAUACUUUGGAAUACUAUACAUUGCACCGCAGCCUCACGGUAGUUUGAGAAAUAGUCACAAAUUCUUUUGAUUUGUGUUUCUGGAUACUAAUUUUACGGUUGUUUCACGUUCCCCAACAGGACUUUUCACAAUAUUAUUUUUGUAUCCAGUGACAUAUAUACAAAGAAAAUUUUCAUUUACUAAUUUUAAAAGGCAAACGAGUUUGCAUUAAAAUACAAUUGUUACUAAGUUGUCUGAACCACAGGUGCUGCAGGCGCAAAAUAGUUACAUAAUUCGUACAGUUUAUCACUCAAAAAAAACAAAAAAACAAAAACGAAACAAAAGAAAAUAGUUUGUGUCUAGGAACAUGAACAAACUAUUUUUUGUGACAAUUUUACAUUUUGCUGUGAGACUGGACUGUACAUUGCUGCAUUUCUUAUUGCAUUCUCACAUUUCUCUUUCUUUUUUACAGUCUUCCCCAUGUAUUGUCACCGUAGCAGAAACUCCAUUUCGCUGAAUUUAUCAAAUGAAUGUGUGUGUACUGGUUUAGGCUUCUUGUGGCCAACUGCUCAGUUGAAAGCAUAAAUAAGCAUAAUAAUUCAACAUUAAGAGCUCAUUGCCUAGACAGGGCACCUCUAUGCUCGUUCUAUGUCACCUAAUCAGUCCCUGCAGAGCAAACAGAGACAUAGUUAGCACCUGAUCAAACCCUAGGUGGACCUCAAGGUCAUCACAGCAUGAUACAUUGCAAAAUCCUGGACUAAGCUGUUGGAGCAGAUAGAAUUUGUUUGCUAUAGCCGGUUGCUGAAAAGACAGAAAAGUUCCCUGAACUACUAGAGCAAGAAACGCUCUUUGCAAAUACCAGGACUGCCUAUAAAUACAGCUUUUCAUCAGUAGUUGAAACACUACGGUUUAAAAAUCUAACCUAAAAGGAGUGAUAGAGAGGCAAAUGUGAAUAAACCUUUUCAACAGGUCACUUAUAUAUUUCCAUUCUUUUUUCUUUCUUUUUUUUUUUGCCUUGUCUCUGGUGACAGCUGUGGACCAAGCAAUUUUAAAAAAACAAUAUUGCUUCUUUAAACUCCACACAAACAUCCACUUAGACUUAAGGUGGAACUGCGUGGUUAAAGGUCAAACACACUGUGACCUGUGAAUACACUUUUGGCCAUAUAAUUCAUACUUAAAAAAUACCACCAACAACAAAUGUUUCAUAAUGGGAAUAAAUGAUGAUUUUUUAUAUCCAAAGUGUCAAAAGUCAACUUUAUUGUGAUAUAAUGUUUUCUAGCAAAAACACUUUUGACCAUUAUUCAGUGCCAAACAGGGAGAUGAUGAGUCAGAUACUGAUUUGAUGAUCCUAAUAGAAGUUGCCCACCUGUUAGAUUCCUUGCAGAUAUGCUACAGGCUGUACAUAAUAUGAGUCUGGACACACAUGGAUGUAAACUACAACUUGAAUUGUUUGCAGACUACAACAACAGCUUGGCUUUAAUCCCAAUUUCAGUUGGCUGCCCAGAUUUAAACCCAUGCUAUUUGAACAACAAACUACCUCUUGUAGUCACACGUUCAUCAUUAAAAACUUUCCAGGUUGGAAAAUACAUCUGUUCCCUAAUUUUAAUUUCACCAAAUUUCAUGAAAAGACCAGCCAAUAUGGGUAAAAUUGUCAAUUAUGAGCUGAUUUAAAUACUUGAUGUUGUCACCAUAAUCUAAAACGUUAUGAAAUUCAGGUAAAUGUGUCAUUUAAAUUCCUCAUUUAUAGUUAAACUUGUUUUUUUCUCUGAUUUUAGGAUUUUAGGCCAUUUUUCUCGUUGUUUGUUUACUGAUGAACAAACAACAAAACCCAACAAAAAGUUGCUGGACCUGGUUUAGUGAAAUUCAGGAUAGAAACUUUCAACUUUUUAAAAUCAAACCAGGUUUGAAACGCAGACAUUUGAAUGUAGAAUUGAAUUUGAAGCUCUGGAAAUUGGAAAACUUGAAAUUUUCUUGCUAGACUUUGAAAAAACAGAAAACUACAAAUUCAAGCCAUUCAAAUUCCAAUAUUUCAAAUUAAGCACUACUUUUACUUUUCAUUUUCUUACUUUGGAAUAAUAUGUAAGUAAGGAUCAUAUUUUCGGACCUUUCUCAGCUUCCAUACAGUUUUUGUUUUGCCACGGCUCACUAACUUUGACAAGCCUCGUGAAGCCACAAGUGUGUAUAUGUGUGAACGCAUUUGAUGUAUACUGCGCGAACGUGAGCGUGCGUUUGUGUGUGUGCGCGCGUGUGCCUGUGAGGCGCCUUUUCUAAGCGUGUUUUAUUAGAUCAUGUGAGGUGUUAACACACGUAAGAUCUUUGUUUACUAAAGAUAUCCAAAUAAUGUAUCGUAUGCUCGUCAUAUCUUCUUAAUAAUGUGCACUAUGUUUGCAUGUACAGUUUUACAAAGGAUGCACCAGUUCCUUUUGUUGAAAACUGAGUGUUUUGAAAUAUACGAAUCUAUAUGAAAAUUAACUGUACAAAAUGGCCUUAAAUCUUUGACUGAUCUUUUUGGAAUUGUGCGAUGCCUUCUUCUGGAAAAUGAACUGUUCAAAGGAACUGAUCGUUAUCUACUUUGUGUCAGUGUUUCUAUUGCUUUCUAGUGUGUUUUCUUUGCACAAGCUCAAUAAUGGAAAAAAAAUUCUUGUACUUUUUUGAGACCGUGAUUAAUCAGAGAAAGCAUGGUUGAAGUACUGACUGUCUGAUAAUACAUAUAACAGAUGACUAUUUCUGUAUUGAACUA